AUGACAACAAAUAAUAAUCAAAAAAUACAACAAAAUAUAGAUUAUACCAAAAAAUUCAUAAAUCAACAACAAUUUGAAUUAUUCAAUAGUAAUAAUUUGUCAAUAAGUUCAAAUUCUAUUGAUAUGGAUAUAGAUAAUAACGAUAAAGAUUAUGAACAAAUAUCGUCAAGUGUUGAUGCAAUAACAAGCAUGAAACAUACUUUCGAUAGUAUAAAUAAAAAUAAUAGUGAACAACAAAUGACUGCACUCGAUUAUUGUCGUUGGAUGUUGACAAAAUUAAAUUUAGCUAUUACCGCAUUAGAACCAGUCUUAGUAAAUUUGGGUAUUUCUACUGAAAUUGCAGAUUCUUAUUUAAAAACAUUUGAAAUUCCUUCACCUGAAGAUAUUCAUAUAACUGCUCAAGAACCAUUAAAAAUAUUAUCGAAUUUGUUUCAAAUGUCAAUUAAUAUAUUGCCAUCUUUUCGUCAAAUAAACAAUGUUGAUGAUUUUAAUAAUACAAUUCCUAUAGGACAAGAAUUAAAUGAAACACCUGAAAGAACAAUUGGAGCACCAAGUGAACAAAAUGAAUGUCAUUUUAAUGGAGAAAUUCAAGCAAUAAUAUCAUCGAAUUUACCAAGAUUUUUUAAUUCGAAAGAUACUUGUCUAACAAUAUCUUUAUCGGAAUUAUUAUUACAAGCUCAAAAAUAUGUUCAAGAAAUAGAAUUAGCCGAACUUAAAAUAUAUGAACAACCACAAGAAUUUUGGAAAAAACGUUCAAUUAAUUGUUUAAAAAAUAAAUGGUGUCCAGCUAUUCAUGGACGAAGUGGUAAACAACGACAUUAUAUUGGUAUAAAAUGGUCAAAAUUUAUCGAUUCUAAUCCAAAUAAUUUAUUUGUUUUUGUUCAAUUACUUUCAUAUGAUAAUCAAUCACAUUUAUCAAAAGUUUUAGUACCACCAGAAACAACAGUUAAACAAAUAAAAUCAUCAGAAAAAAAACAACAAAGAAAUAAUAGACGUCAAACACUUAGUGAUUUGAUUAUCAAAGAUAUAUAUGGUUUUGAUAAAACAACAAAUACAAUCCUUUGUCCUAUAACUGAAGAUGAAUAUCGUCGAUGUCAAAAAAAUUUAAAAGUACUCAUGUUCAGUUUAUAUAAAACAAGUGAAGAAAUUGAAAAUUUAAAUUCUAUACAAGAUUUAAAUGAUAAUCAAACAGUAAACAAAGAUGAAGAUAAUGAAAUAUUUGCAGAUGAAGACGAAGAUAGUUCUAUGGAAAAUCAAUUACUUAAAUUAUGUAAACUUCGUAUUCGUCUUUGUCGACGAACAGAUGAAAAUACAUUAGAAUAUAUAUCCAAUUUCAUCGAUACUGAAUGGAUCGAAGAAAGUAAAGGUAAUGAACCAUUAGCUAUUGAUCCAUCAAAAGUAACUCCAAAAUAUCUUUGUAAAUGUGGUAAUGAAAUAAUUAAAGUACCAUUAAAUACGGAUAGUGAAAAAAAUGGUUUUGUUGUACGUUUAAAUAAUGCAGAAUUAGAUUCUUCUCAAAUUCAUGGAGUUAAAGAUAAACAAAUAUUUUUUAAAUCACUUCCAAAUAAAAUACCUAAACAAAAUUCUCUACAUGUAAUGGUGUCAAAAAAAAGUGUUUCAAAAACAAUUAAAUUAAAACAUAAUCCAUAUGAUGGUCUUGAUGAAAAUACUCUUUUAAAUUUUUGUAUAAAUUAUGUGGAAAAUAGUGAUAAUCCACAUAAUCAUAAAAAUGACCGAUACAAAAUUUCAAUGCAAAAGAAUGAAAUCAAUCGAAUCAAUACAUAA